GAUGUCCUCUCGGCCGGGGCGCGACGACGCGGGGGCCGGGGGCGCACGGCGGCCACGGGAGCUUCCGGAGCAGGAGCUGCAGCGGCGCCGGGAGCAGAAACGGCGGAGGCACGACGCGCAGCAGCUGCAGCAGCUCAAGCACCUGGAGUCCUUUUAUGAAAAACCUCCUCCUGGACUUAUCAAGGAAGAUGAAACUAAGCCAGAAGACUGUAUACCAGACGUACCAGGCAAUGAACAUGCCAGAGAAUUUCUGGCUCAUGCGCCAACAAAAGGACUGUGGAUGCCACUGGGGAAGGAAGUCAAAGUGAUGCAAUGUUGGCGUUGUAAACGGUAUGGUCACCGAACAGGCGACAAGGAAUGCCCUUUCUUUAUCAAAGGCAACCAAAAGUUAGAACAGUUCAGAGUAGCACAUGAAGACCCUAUGUAUGACAUCAUACGAGAGAAUAAGAGACAUGAAAAGGAUGUAAGGAUACAGCAGUUAAAACAGUUACUGGAGGACUCCACCUCAGAUGAAGAUGGCAGCAGCUCCAGUUCCUCAGAAUGUAAAGAGAAACACAAGAAAAAGAAGAAGAAAGAAAAGCAUAAGAAAAGGAAGAAGGAAAAGAAAAAGAAGAAAAAGCGAAAGCACAAGUCUUCCAAGUCAAAUGAGAGCUCAGACUCAGACUGA